CGGCCUGGCAAAGUGGCUGGGCGGCGGUGGGGGCUAGCCGCCGUCCGCGCGGCCCGCUGCCGGGCGAGGAGCCUAUAAAACGGGGAGGGUCUCCGGCAGCUGGGCGAGCGCCCUCGCUUGAGCAGCAACCCUAGUCCACGGCCGCCUCGCUCUCAAUCGGCAUACCCUCUCCAGAUCUAUGCGCGGCCACGUCGUACCCCCAAAAUUAGGUGACGGGAGAGGAGCGGGUGAUUAGGGGUUAGGGGGGUUUCCUGCUUUUUGUGUUUCUGACCCGGUGGAUUGCUCCUUUUUUGUGUUAAUAUACUAGCACUACAGUUUUUUUGUUUGUUUUUUUUUGGAAACUACCACACCAGGCUCAGUCUAACUAGUUCAGCGCACUCUUUUGUUCAUUGUGAUGUGUUAGCUGCUGAUGCAUAACUUUAUUGAGACAAAAAAAAUCGAUAGCUGAAUAUGACAUUGGAUUUGUAUAGCUUUAUACGUACACUCUCCCAGUUUCUUUAAUAAAGCAUAUUAGGAUUCGAAAAGCUCAAACUUUAUAAGGUUAACUAAACAUUAGUCAAAUUAUACACAAUCAUCGUGUAUGAAAAUUACAUUAGGUGAUUUGUAUUUCAUAAAUCUUUUAGUAUGAAAUCAUUUCAUAGAAAUGGAUAUUAUAUUGAUCUAAGUACACUUCUAAAGACUCAAAUAGCCAUGUAAAACUAAGCGAGGGGAGUAGAAGCUAUUCUUUAACUUGGCAUUGUACGGUUGUACCUAUUUUAUAUUGUAAGUCUCAUGUAACUUUUGUUUUGCGAAAAAAGCAUCAUAUAACAAUGUGCUAAUAUAAGAAAGUUGGGAUGAAUACCCUCGACUUUUCACUACCUACAUCUACAUUGUCCCUUUUAUAAUCUGAUACAUUCAUCGGUACGGUAGAAAACAUCUAGAGAGGGUCAGUAUGGUGUCGAGUCCAUUUAAAAAGUCAUGUAAAUGCUUAGAACUGCUGUUGGAAAAGAAUAAUUAUAUGCCUGCACAAGAGCCAUGUUAUGCAACAGGAACAAUUAGCUUGUAGAUGAGUACCUCACAUAAGCAGCACAUGGGUGCUCGUAUGAGUAGGGACUCUCUGAGUUUUGGCUCGAGUAAUGAGCCUGUUCGGCUGAUCUUGGCACGGUUUGUCUCGACUUAUUUCCUUUUACAUAAUACUAUUCAUUUUACUAGCCGAGCACUAUUCAUUCUACCAGCCGAACAGUCUCAAUGUCCCCUUAAUUAAGUAGUUUAUUUGAAAGCCCACUAAAAUACUUUACACACUUGAAUAACGUUAGAUAGCAAAUUUAUUGAUAUUUGUAAUUGUAGAAAAAAUAUUUAAACAAAUAUAGUGUUAAUUGUAGUCCAAGCAGUUGAAAAAGUGGCAGUUACAUUUUCAUCUCAGGACUGCUCGGUCAGAGGUGUUGAGAGCGGGGUUGAAAGGGCAAAAGUACAGCAGCUCUGCUCGCUCCGGGUAAGGAUGGCGGCGGCGGCGGCGGCGAUAGUCGAGUUGGACCCGUCGGACGAGCGCGCCGGCCGAGUUAUCGACAAUAUCGUGCGGCUGGAGAGGAGGAUCUUUCCGAAGCACGAGUCGCUGGCGCGAUCCAUCCACGACGAGCUCAAGCGCCGGAACUCCGGCCUGAUUUACACGGCAUCCACCGUCGCGGGAGGCGACGGCGACGAGGUCGUCGGGUACGCCAUGUACACCUGCCCGACCUCCCUCUGCGCCUCCAUCACCAAGCUCGCCGUGAAGGAGAGCUGUAGGCGGCAGGGCCACGGCGAGGCUCUGCUGCGGGCGGCCGUGGAGCGGUGCCGGGGGAGGAGGGUGCAGCGGGUGAUCCUCCACGUCGACCCGGCGAGGGCGGCCGCCGUCGCGCUGUACCGGAAGGCCGGGUUCCAGGUCGACGCCACCGUCGAGGGCUACUACGCGCCGCAGAGGGACGCCUACCGGAUGUUCAUGGAUCUGUAGGGAUCAUCAAGAGGCCAAUUGAGCAUUUGAGCUUGCUUGCCAAUUGUGAUCGACCAGCAGCAUAAAGCCAUCAAUACUUCUCAGAAUUGAUAAAAGCUCUGACGAGUUCUGAUCCUAUGGAUGUUUUAUGUCGGUGGCUAUGUAGUCUCAAAUUGUACUAGCGAUCUGUUUGGAGGAUUGCUCAAGAUCAAGUUGAUCCUCGCUGUGUUCUGGAAAGAAUCCCGCAUUCCGAAUGCUGCCGAUAAAUGACAACUGUAUGGUUUCAGUUACAA